AUGAUGCGAAGAUUUUCUAAAGCCUUUGAACGGACACAAUAUUUCCGCAAAGUCUCCUAUCUAGGAGGACUUUUUAACUUUAAAAUAAUACCGGGAGAGAUGUUUCCCUAUCCCUGUAGAAAAAUGGACGGUGAUGAAGCGGAAAAUCUUGAAUCCGUACUGGAAAGCGUUCGAAGUAAUAAAAAUAUACUCGGGAACCUUUAUGGAGCACAAAUCGCCACAGAAUACGGUGGAUUGGGACUAGGGCACACUGCUCAUGCUCUUAUCUAUGAAGAAUUAGGUAACAAUUGCAUCGACAAGUCAUUCUCCACCAUGCGACACAGCGGAGUGUGUACCCAUGUCUUGGCGUCUACUGGCACCAAAGAUUUGAAAGGAAAGUACUUAACAGCGAUGUCGGAUGGAACUAUAAAGAUGGGGUGGGCUAUUGAAGAAGAUGGAUUUGGAAGUGAUCUAAGUAUGAAUAAUACCAGAGCUGUAAUGAAUGAUAAUGGGAGCUAUGUAUUGACAGGCCAGAAACGAUGUGUUGAUGCAGCAUCGGCUACACAUUUUCUGGUGUUAGCUAAAACAGUUAUUCAGAGGAAUUCAGAAGAAGGCGCCACUGUUGCAAAUCGUAGUUCUCUUUUUAUCUGCGCGAAUGAUGCUAAGGGCCUAAGAAUUGAAGGGGACAGCAUUGUUCUAGAAAAUACUCCUGUCUCUGAUGUCGUUGGUGUAAUGGGUGAGGGAUUCAAAGAUGCAAUGAUUGCAUUGUUUACAGACGAAUAUCUUUAUGCCGUAUCUUUGUUGGGUAUAAUGAAACGCCUCGUAGAGGAGUUGCAGGGCGUAAAUGCUGAGGAAGGAAUUACCGAAAUCCUUCCUUAUUUUGUUUGUGCAAUUUAUGCCAUGGAAUCGACUCUGUAUGCACUGACAGCUAACAUGGACAUACCUGCAGAGGAUAGUUUGUUGGAAUGCACCCUUGUCAGCGCCUUUGUACAAGCCACCACAGCUCAGCUUUUACGUAUGCUGGAACUAUUGAAAUCACCCAACACGACAAUAGACAACUACUUCCGUUAUGCCACAACCUUUAUUGAUUUAAUGGAGUCGCGAGAUUUCCUUUAUUCUACAGCUGUUUGUUGUGGUGUUGAAGAAUAUGGUCUUUUUUUUCAGAAGGCUUCAACUUUGCAGAUGAUGCAAGCAAGAGCACUUCGUUUUGUGGGUGUACGUGACCGUGUACCUAUAAAAAAUAUUCCAGAAUCAUCGCUAAUUGACGAGGCAGUGGUGAAUUUUGGUGAUGCUGUAGAGGCAACGUUUGUAAAGAGUGGUUCACAGGUUCCCUAUCAGCAACUUCUUCUUAAUAGGCUUGGUGAGGCCGCAUCAAUGCUUUAUGCAGCUUCAGCUGUCGCGUCGAGGGCUUCCAUGUGCGUCACAAAGGGUCUUCCUUCAGCAAAAGUUGAGGGAAAAUUGGCGACAGCUUUCAUCCGAUUUUCAGUUGAACGAGCCAGGAUCCUCAGUGAAGAAUGUUGCAACGUUGGUAAGACUGCUGAUGAUGUUUAUAAGCGUAUCGCCCUUGAAGUUUGUGAUGAUGCAUUGCAGUAG